AUGUCUCAGCCUACCCCAACAGAAAAACCAAAACCAUGCUGCGUUUGCUUAGAUGAAAAGAAGGCCAGAGACGAGUGUCUUUUAUUCAACGGUCAAGAGAGUGGCAAAUGUGACCAGUUGAUUCAAGCAUACAAAACUUGUAUGAAAGGCUUUGGUUUCGAAACCAAAUAA